ACCCGCAGAAGAAGCAGCAGCUCCACAACACUCAGCGCGAUGGAGUCUAAUGAUGCGGGUCGUGGCGGCAGGAAGACUCAUCAGAAGAGUAAGCUGAAUGUGAUCAUGAGGCAGGAGGAGCUGAUCGCUCAGAAGAAGAGAGAGAUCGAGGCCAAGCUGAGAGAACAGGCUCAGACCAAGCCCACGCCGAAGCCGGCCCGGAACUCAGCCAGCAGCUCUCCUCCCUCACAGGCUUCAUCGUCGUCAUCUUCAUCAUCGUCCUCUUCUUCUUCAUCCUCCUCUUCCUCCAAGUCGAAUAAGUUUGUGAAUGACGGGAGUUUCCUUCAGCAGUUCCUGCGGAUGCAGAAGUCCAGCGCUGACGAGGGACCCCUCAGCCCCGCCCCCUGCGCUCAGAGCCAAUCACAGGCUCAGAAGAAGAGCGUUCUCAUCGGGAAGCGCCCGGGUCUGGGCGUCAGCAGCAUGAUCAACCAGUUCAAGAACUACUCCCAGUCCAAGAGGACCACACUCCCCGUGACCCGGCCCAGUGUGUUCAGCUCGCCCGAUGAUGAAGACGAGGAGGAGGACGACGAGCACUUCCUGGAGGUCAAAGUGCCGCCCCCGGAGGACCCUGAGCUGCGGCUGGUGCUGGAGAAGAUGGCCGUGUUCGUGGCUGAAGGAGGAGCAGCGCUGGAGAAGAAGGCCAUGGAGGAUUACAGAGACAAUCCCUUAUUCUCGUUCUUGUUUGAGAAGAACAGUAAGGACUAUCUGUACUACAGGAGGAAAGUGGCUGAGAUCAGAAGAGACUCGUGCGCUCAGUCUGAUGUCUCCUCCUCAGUGGACGACAGCACCAGGAAGGUGGCGGAGAAGCUGGCCCGCUUCGUGGCGGACGGUGGCCCGGAGGUGGAGAUCAUGGCUGCGCAGCACAACCGGGACAACCCCGCUUUCAGUUUUCUGUACGAGUAUCAGAGCGCCGCUCACCGCUUCUAUAAGGCUAAAGUGGACGAGUUUCGUGAGAGCCGGAGCGCCAGUGAGUCUCAGGCGUCGGUUCCGGAGCCACCGCCCUCGUCAGCGAAGAGGAAGAGGAAGAGCCGCUGGGGGGCCGAAGAUGAUAAAGUCCCGAUGCCGUCGAACCCUGUCAUCAGCUCUCCGACAGAGCCCAGCACUCCUGCGCUGACUGACCAGGAGCUGAGCAGUCUGGGAUAUAAGAAGGGGAAGCCGGUGGGUCUGGUGGGCGUGACGGAGCUCUCAGACGACCAGAAGAAGCAACUCAAAGAACAGCAGGAGAUGCAGGAGAUGUACGAUAUGAUCAUGAAGCACAAGCGUGCGAUGCAGGACAUGCAGCUGAUGUGGGAGAAGGCCAUCCGGAACCAUCAGCACGAGUACGACAGCGACGAGGAGCUCGACCCCGAGGCCGGCACCUGGGAGCACCGGCUCCGGCAGAUGGAGAUGGAGAAGACCAGAGAGUGGGCGGAGCAGCUGACUGACAUGGGCAAAGGGAAGCAUUUCAUCGGUGACUUCCUUCCUCCUGAUGAGCUGGAGAAGUUCAUGGAGACGUUCAAAGCUCUGAAGGAGGGCCGAGACCCGGAUUACUCCGAGUACAAGGAGUUCAAGCUGACGGUGGAGAACAUCGGCUUCCAGAUGCUGAUGAAGAUGGGCUGGAGAGAAGGAGACGGCCUGGGCUCUGAUGGACAGGGCAUCAAAAACCCGGUUCACAGGGGCUCUACAGCGGUGGACGGCGCAGGCUUCGGUGUGGAUCGACCCGCUGAACUCAGCAAGAGUGACGAUGAGUACGACGCUUUCCGUAAGAGGAUGAUGCUGGCGUAUCGCUUCAGACCCAACCCUCUGAACAAUCCCAGAAGGCCGUACUACUGAGACCUCCGGCUGCAGUUAUGACGGGCUUCAUUUCAGAAAGCAGUUUUCCUUUUUGAGCCGCUCAGACUCGAGCCCUGCAAGUGUUUGUUUCUUUAAAGAUCUUCAUGUGUUAUAUCCCCGUCGUUGAGGAC